UUAUUUAGAUCUGUGGUCUCUCUCACUUAAUUCAAUUUCUCAUUUUAUUUUUCUCAAUGAGUUUGGGAGGGGUAGAAUGCGUGUGUACGUCUUAUUCCGGAUAUAAAGUUUAUUUUAUUAUUAUCAGAUCGAAUAAAAAGGAACAUUAAAAAUAUGUACAUCAUAGACGUUCUAUAUAGUGUUCAUAAAUGCUUGUUUAGUAUUUGCCUUUUGUGUUAGUGUCGAUAAUCAUGCAAAAUGGCCAACGAUCUGUGGUCAUGUACCUGUUGUACCGAGGCUCUGACUUGCUGGUUGCGUCUCAAGCUAUCGCCCGAGGAGAUCGAGCAAAGGUACAGAAGCAAAGAGAUCGACAGAAUACUUGAGAAAGAUAAACAGACGCUACGGCGGCAAGUUAAAUUAUUGCUACUUGGUGCGGGUGAAAGCGGAAAGUCAACAUUCCUGAAACAGAUGAGGAUAAUACACAAAGUGAAGUUCGAGCCGGAACUAGUGCGCGAGUAUCAACAUGUGAUAUAUCAGAACAUUGUGAAGGGCAUACAAGUGUUAGUGGACGCGCGGGACAAGCUCGCGAUACCUUGGGAAAACCCGAGAAAUUUGGACAUCGGUCAACAAGCAUUGCAUUUUAACAGUACGGCUUCGCUGGACAGCCGACUGUUCAUGCAUUAUGCACCGCAUAUACACUCUCUGUGGUUAGACAGAGCCAUAAAGAGGGCCUACGACAGGCGUAGGGAAUUUCAAUUGAGUGACUCGGUGAGCUAUUUCUUUGGGGAGCUCGAGCGUAUAGCGCGGCCGGACUAUGUGCCCUCUCAUCAAGACAUCCUUCACUGCCGGAAAGCCACUAAGGGCAUCACGGAGUGUACCAUCAAUAUCAACAAUGUGCCAUUCGUAUUCGUCGAUGUCGGCGGUCAGAGGACGCAACGGCAGAAAUGGACGCAGUGCUUCGAUUCUGUCACGUCGAUACUGUUCUUAGUGUCUUCGUCAGAGUUCGAUCAGGUCCUGUCUGAAGAUAGGAAAACAAAUCGUCUCGAAGAAGCGCUCAACAUUUUCGACACGAUCGUGAACAACGUAAACUUCAAAGGCAUCUCUAUAAUACUCUUCCUAAAUAAGUCAGAUUUGCUCGCGAAGAAAGUGGCCAGCAAGGAGACGGACAUACGCUGGUACUACCCCCAGUUCACAGGUGACCCGCACAAUUUGAGAGACGUGCAAAUGUUCCUGCUCAAUAUGUUCGCGAACGUUCGAAGGGAACCAAAGACAACCCUAUACCACCACUUUACAACAGCCAUAGACACGCACAACAUAGAGGUUGUGUUCAAUUCAGUCAAAGACACAAUUCUUAAUCGCAAUCUCGAAUCUCUAAUGUUGCAGUGACGUGGUAGACACUAAGAACAUUUUGAAUUGUGAUAAAUUAAAAAAAAAAAAUACUGAAUUCCUCUUUCCGUCUCCCCUAGAUGUUUUAACGUUCUGUUGUAAUUCCUGUUUCUGUUGUCUGCAUAGAAGCACUUUUAAAA